AUGUUUUUCUAUGUUUUCGUUUCACUUGGUGUCUUUCUCAAUGUUCAAGGUUACAAAAACAAUAACAAGUUUCGAUGGCGACAUUUUCUAAGCCGAACAGUGGUUCGUUCAAGCUGCUCUGAAGCACACCUGUGUCUGUCAAAAUGGGGUUACUGUGGAACUGGUUCCGAGUACUGUGGUGAUGGUUGUCGGGCUGGUCCAUGCACGGGAAACGGUGGGGGGAAUAAUGGAGGUGAUACUUUCAAGGGAGAAGCUACACAUUAUAGUGUCAGUGUUGGUUUUACAGCAUGUGGAACAAUGCACAGUGAUAGUGAAUAUAUUGCUGCCUUGAAUUCAGCACAAUUCGAUCCACAUACGCCUAAUGGUAAUCCAAAUAGAAACAGCUUAUGUAAUAAGCGUGCCAAUGUAGUUGGACCGAAAGGGUCAGUUACAGUAAAAAUUGUUGAUAAAUGUCCUAGAUGUCAUUAUGGUGAUCUCGAUCUAUCUGAACCUGCCUUCAAAGUGGUUAUUGGAGAUCUUGACAUUGGUCGUGGACAAAUUACAUGGAAAUGGCUUUGA